AUAUCCCCCUCACCUUGUUUGUUUUCUUUCCCUCGUUUUCUCCCCCUUUCUCUCUCUUCCCGCUUUUUCCCAUUUCCAGAUCUCAUCUUCCCCAAUUCCCCCGCCCCCCCUUCCCUCACUUUCCAAAUUUAGACAAAGGGGUUUCCAAUUUCAAUUCAUUCUUCAAUUUCAUCUCAUGCCUUUUCCCUCUUCUUGAAAAUUGAAAAUCAAGAAACUAAGGGGAAAAAAAAUUGGGAAUUUUUUGUGAGCUUUCAAAGAAGAUCAUGCAGGGAAAUCAACAGAGUAAGCUGCCAUUUACGUCGAGUAAACCGCCGUUAGGUGACUAUCACCGGUUCUCUACUGACCCACUUCAACAACCUGAAGGCAUCGCUUUAAAGUCUUCUACUCCACUGAAACGGAAGAGUGAAAUAGCAAAUUACGAACAGGGAGUUGGUACACAGGUUGCAGGUUCUGGAUAUGCCGAUGUGAGUAGUCCAAUGCAGACACCAAUCUCAGGGAAAGCUGGAAAGUCACAGAAAGUGCCUAGGACAUCAAAGGCCAGAUCUGCUGCUCAAGCUGCUGCCUCAAAUUUAGGAUCCCCUUCAGGCAAUAAUGUUACUCCAGUUGGUCCUUGCCGCUAUGACAGCUCCUUAGGUCUCUUAACGAAGAAGUUCAUUAACCUGAUCAAACAUGCAGAAGAUGGCGUUCUAGAUCUGAAUAAAGCUGCCGAUACGUUAGAGGUGCAGAAAAGGCGUAUAUAUGACAUCACAAAUGUCCUGGAAGGCAUUGGUCUGAUAGAAAAGAAACUCAAAAACAGGAUCCAAUGGAAGGGGUUAGAUGUCUCAAAACCAGGGGAAGCUGACGAGAGUGUUACAAGUUUACAGGCAGGGAUAGAAAAUUUGACGAUAGAAGAAAAUAGAUUAGAUGAACAGAUAAGAGAAAUGCAGGAAAGAUUGAGGGACCUGAGUGAAGAUGAAAAUAAUCAAAGAUGGCUUUUUGUAACUGAAGAUGAUAUAAAGAGCUUACCUUGUCUUCAGAAUGAGACACUUAUAGCUAUUAAAGCUCCACAUGGAACUACUUUAGAAGUCCCAGAUCCUGAUGAGGCAGUUGAUUAUCCACAAAGGAGAUAUAGAAUAGUGCUUCGCAGCACCAUGGGACCAAUUGAUGUUUACCUUGUCAGUCAAUUCGAGGAAAAGUUCGAAGAGAUAAAUGCUGUUGAGGCACCAUCAACCAUGCCGUCAACUUCAGGUUUCAUUGAGAAUGAAACUGGAACAUUGCCUGCUGAGGACGGCAGAGGAGUUGAUGACGGGAUAGAGGAACAGGAAAAUCAAAGAGAGUUUCCAGAUGCUGGUACUUCCCAGGACCCUGUGAGUGGAUUUAUGAAGAUUGUUCCAGAUGUUGAUAAUGAAGCAGAUUACUGGCUUUUGUCAGAUGCCGAUGUUAGUAUCACUGACAUGUGGAGAACAGAGUCUGCUCUUGAUUGGAACGAGUUGAAUGCAAUUCAUGAGGAUUAUUCAAUUGCAGAUGUUAGCACUCCACGUGCCCAAACUCCCCCAUCCAGUACCACUGAAGUACCUUCUACGAGUACUCCUGGGAGCUGAGCAGUGUUUCUUGGCAUUUCUGUGGAUUCUCAGGCUCGGAGUACUGCUCGAACUUGGUGUUCAAAAUGAUACAGUAUAUUAUAAGUUUCUACAUAAAAUCAAUUCAUUCUCUGUAUAGUCCCCUCGAAUGACCUAAACAAAAGAGCAAGUGCAUCCAGGAGCUUUUUCCGAAAUGCUCCGUAAGGAAGUUGGCAGCUUUAUGCCCCAAGAAAUGAGCUUCAUUGUACAGUUAGUAUAUACCAUUGUACGUACUUGUGUAGCGUCAAUAAUCAGAUGGUUAAAUUGCUGUCUAGAUUUCACUGUGUAUUGUCUAAUUUCAUGAUGAUUUAGUACACUGCAAUCUCUUAACGGCUUCUUGUUACAUAGGUAAGUGUCAAGUUGCCAAUUUCUCCAUUCUGAAACUGCAAUAAACUGGAUGCACUGCUAUUUAAUGUUGAGCAUAUUUUGCCCCUAGUAA